GUGUUUGUGGAGGAGUUGGCAGCUUCAAGACUCUGAAAACGUAGUUUGAAUACACCGAGCAGCUCGAGCUCAGUAAAGAUCAUUCUCUAUAGUUAUUUAUCAAGAUUUAAUGUUUUGAAAAUUCAUAAUAUAUAAGUAGCUGCAUUUGUAAGUUAUCCAAAUUAUGCAAGGAAUUCGGAAAAAAGGUAACAGAUGUCAGAAAAGUCACGUUGAUGAAUGACGAGCUGCUGCAGAGGCUUGCCAAUGGGAAGACCCACCUGAACAAACCCCUGGUGAUCCCGCGCUCCUCUGAGACCUCGGCCCCGCUGGACUACCACUCCCCUCCGGACGAGGUGGCCGAGUGGCUGCGGGGGAAGGGCUUCAGCCAGCCGGCGGUGUCGUGUCUCGGGGUGCUGACGGGCGCUCAGCUGUUCUCCCUGAACAAGGAUGAGCUGCGCGCGGUGAUCCCAGAGGAGGGAGCUCGCGUGUACAGCCAGCUCACCGUGCAGAAAGCCCUGCUGGAGGAUGCCAGGAGGGCCACAGAGCUGGAGGCGGUGAUGGAGAAACAGAAGAUGAAGGUGGAUCUGAAACUGGAGAGCAGCACGUUCUGAGCAGCAGCUCGGAGCCUCCCAUUAAGGACUGUUCUAAAAGUGUCGUCAAUCAAGACAGAAGACAUUAACAAUAUAGUAUAGAAUAAACCUUGGACAGCUACUUGACUAUCUAACAUUGUCUGUGAAGCUGAAAAGGUCUGACUCUUUCUUCAUCCUAAAACCAAAGUAUUUGGCAGCGAAUCAGAAAUGUAAGAUUUGAAUAGUAGCAGACGCUCUGCCAAUUUAAUAUUUUAACAUUAAAGGACACUGUAAUGUAUAUUGUUACAUUUGAAUGUGUAUAGCUUCUUUGUUUCGUUUCUAGUACUAACUUAAAUGAAAUGUAUUUAUCUUUGUUUGUAUAAUACUUUUAAUACCAUUCCUUGACUUUGGUAAAAAGAAAAAAGGCCAGCACACAAUGGCGAUAUUUGUUUUAAUGGAGAUUUUAAAGAAAGAUUUCCAGCAGAACAUAAGCAGAUAUGACUUCACACAGAACGUAAAGCAAUGCAUCCGUUAAAAUCUGUUUGCAAUUAUAAAUCUAUUCAGAGGAACUUGUUGAAACUGGGCCAAAAUGAAACGCUAAUAAAAAUGUAUGUACAUCGACUUUCCAAUUCAUUUCUGGACCUGCUGCUUCUCACAACAACAACAACAUCAACAACAACUGUGUGGGUUUUAAAUACAAGAAAAUCAAGAGGGGGUGAAAUGAGAAAACAAAGAGACACGCCACCAAAACAAAUCCAAACAAGCAUUUACUCUUCAAAACAAAAAGACCCCCUUCGCUACCGGCAGCGUCAAAUAAAACUUAGUUAAGUUUAAACAGAAAAAAGGGGCCAUGAGGAAACAAACUCGCAACUCGGUCUGAACUCCCUAAAACGUUAACGGGGCUUAAACUAAGAAAACAUGUGGAUAGACAUUCAUGAACUGCACUCAACAACUCCUGCAGUUUUCUGGGUGCUUGUGGAAAUAAAUCUUUCAAAAUGAAGGACUACAAAAGAAUGAGAAA